CGGAAUCGAUCCCCUCGACCUCCUUCGUCUCCCCACCGCCUUCGCCAUGUCCGUUGCUCGCGUGACUCACCUCGCCAAGGAGCUCGUCGGCCUCGCCCCGUGGGGCGCCCCCGGAGCUCUGCUGGUCGGCUGGAUGGCCUGGCCCGCCCUCACGCCCGCCUUCAAGGAGGAGACGCUGGGCCUCAAGCCCGCCACGCUGCCGACGGCCCCCGCGGCUGCUGGUGGCAAGAACGUGUUCCGCGCCGGCGGCAAGUACAAGUUCGUCAAGGGCGAGAUCGGCGAGGCCCCCACGCUCGAGGAGGACUAGACGACCGCACUUGCCCUCGCACGCGCGUAGACAGCAAGAAACUCAAUGAAAAUCCAGCAGAAAAAUGUACGACGACGUCGACUCUUACUACUU